ACACACACACUGUGUCAGAGCUUUGCAGGGUCACAGUUGUCUCUGCUGACAGGUGUGGGGCCUCGCUGCAGUCCGCGUCUCUUGUUUGAGGAAAUAUUGGAGUAUCUGAAGAAAGCAGGAGGAGGAGGAGGAGGAGGAGGAGGAGGGAGAGUCAGUCGAAGAGAAAGUUCACAGUUUGUCCGACAACACGGUGUGGAAACGCAGCAUGGCGGGCAAAGCGCGAGUGUGUUCGUCCGGACAGAGCCAGCUCCAGCAGGACUCGUCGGACUCGGACUCGGAGGUGGAAGGUGAACCCGCCCGGGUCGAGGGUACCGGCCCCUCCACGCACUCCCUCCCCGGCUCUCAGGUCAUCCACAGCGGACACUUCAUGGUGUCGUCGCCCCACAGUGACUCCACGGCGCGCAGGAGGAGGAGCGGAGGCUCGCACAGAUAUGACUUUGACACGGUGAACAGGACGUGGUGUCAGACGUACCGGUACGGGCCGCUCAGCGCCGCGAGCCUCAGCAUCGACCCCACGCUGACCCGUCUGUUUGACUGCAUGUCCCUGGCCUACAGCGGUAAGAUCGUCUCUCCUAAGUGGAAGUCUUUUAAGGGUCUACGGUUGCUGUGGAGGGAUAAGAUCCGUCUGAACAACGCCAUCUGGAGAGCCUGGUUCAUCCAGUAUGUGGAGAAGAGGAAGAUCCCGGUGUGCGGGUUUGUCACGCCCCUCGAGGGCUCGGACGCAGACGCUCAUCGGAAACCUGAAGCAAUCGUAUUAGAGGGCAGCUACUGGAAGCGAAGGAUCGAGGUGGUGAUCAAGGAGUAUCACAAGUGGAGGAUUUACUACAAGAAGAGGCUCCAAAAAAAGAAGGAUGAUAUUCUCUCAAUGCUACAAGAGGGUCAAAUCUGUCAGGCCAAGCUGGAGAAGUGGUCAUAUCAGGAGCCCCAGGCCGCACCCGUGGAGGCCCACAUGUUUGACCUGGACUGCCUUCUGUCCGACAUCUCCGACACCCUGUUCACCAUGACGCAGAAGCCGUGUCCCUGGGCCAGCGACCGACACAACACAUACACAAGCAAUGCUGAUAUAAUCCAGCCAGGCCUGACUCCACUGCAGCCCAACCUGGAGGAUUUCAUGGACAUACCAGAUAUCUUUAUGAACUUCAGGGGACAGCCCACUGAGCAGACUGCUUUCGCUGACUGUGGUUAUUUUGAGAGCUCAUCCAGCACAGCGUUCGCUCCCGUUCCCUCCCCCGUGGUAGCAACUCCUCAGCUACUCAUCGACACUCAGCUGGCUCAGCCCUCCUCAUCCAGCACCCAGUCAGACCAGAGCAGGCCGGGCCACGAUUGCAGUGGAUACCACUCAUCCAGCAUCGUAACCGGCACAGUGCCUUACGGACAUCAGUCAUACCCUGAUCCGCCUGUUUCCAUAGCGUUUACCAGCAGCAUGGAGCAGACUGCUGCUACUAGUGUUCCCUUUCUGUACCCAGUGCCAUGCCACAAGUUUGGUUACUUCUCAACCAGCAGCCUGACACCCACUGUCAUCACCCACACUGCCUCCACAGUGGGGGCUCAUGGCUACCCUCACACAGGGGACUCGUACACCCAGGCCCCCUUCCACACUCUCAGUUACCUCGCUGCUGUGUCCGAACCGGUCCACGCCCCAGCCCACUGCUUCUCCGUCCCCGAGCAGGUGGCUGUUUCAGGGGUCAGAGGGAAGCACAAGCAGAAGACGGGAGGAGCGAGGACAGCUGGUCCCCCAACGGCUCCGUCCAGCCCCCUGUCCACUGCACCCGCACCCACGAGCUGCCUCGCUGAACUGCUGUCAUCCGGCACCAGGGAACGGAAGCCAUCGUUAGGAUUCGAUACUCUUCUAGUGACAUCCAGAGGUCAGAGGUCUUCAUCUCCCAGCUCCUCGCAGUCCAGCAGCAGCUCGCAUGUUGGAGGAGCCUCAUCACAGCUGCAGCAGGGACCCAGUUGGUCUGCAGGGAUCCCCGUGUUGACCCCUCUGCACAGCCAUAGUGCCCCCCUGGGUCACAGUGGACCUCACACCAGCACCUCCAGAGGCUCGGCGGUGUCUGCCCUGGUCACCCAGGGAGCGACACACACCAACACAACCCUCCUCAUCCCCAAGACUGAGAAACUGUCUCCGGUCCAGCUGUACGGCACAGACAGGAACAGCUUAACAGUUAGUUUUUCAGGACAUCCAGGUCAAACAUCACCACCAAACCCACUAGAUAAAGCCUCCAACCCCGAGGCCUCACACUCAGUCUUCUCAGGACACGGGAAAAAAGAAAAGCAAACAGAGACCAGGAGGAUAACUCACAUCUCAGCAGAGCAGAAGAGACGAUUCAACAUCAAACUGGGGUUUGACACUUUACACAAUCUGGUGACGACACUCAGCUCGCAGCCAAGUAUAAAGAUCAGUAAAGCCACCACCCUGCAGAAGACGGCAGAGUACAUCAGUAAGAUGCAGCAGGAGAGAAGCCAGCUGCACGAGGAGGCGCAGAGACUCAGAGAGGAGAUCCAGCUCCUCAACUCUGCCAUCAACGCGUGUCAGCAGCAGCUCCCAGCGACUGGUGUGCCAAUCACACGGCAGCGCUUCGACCACAUGAGGCAGAAGUUCAGAGAGUACGUCCGGGCUCAGACGCUGCAAAACUGGAAGUUCUGGAUCUUCAGUAUCAUCAUAGAGCCACUGUUUGAGUCCUAUAAUGGGAUGGUGUCCACUGCCAGUGUGGAGGACCUGUGCCGGUCCACUCUGUCCUGGCUGGACCAACAUUGCUCCCUGCCUGCGCUCAGACCCAUGGUUCUGAGUUCACUCCGUCUCCUGAGCACCACCACGGCCAUCCUCACAGACCCCGCCCUGCUGCCGGAGCAGGCCACCCUUGCCGUCACCCAGGGUGACCCGGCUGCUCUCCUGGACCACUCCUCACAGCCUGCAAUCCAGGACAGAAUGCACCCGAUGUGACAGUGGACUUCACAGCAAAUUACACGCCACGCACCACAUCGGAGGAAAACCUGUGGGAGGAUUAACAAUGACUCAAAACUCAGCCGAGAGAUCUUCAGUUAAAAUCACAUUCUAAUAAAACUCACCAGCUGCAAACAGAAUGUAAAACAAUACAAGCAGAGGUUGUAAACUACAUGUGAUCUUUGCUUUAAUAGUGAUAAAGGUUUGAAAUACUUCUAUUA